CGAAUUUCUUCAAACCCAGGGUUUUUCUCCGCCAUUUUCCCCUUUGCAGCUCUUGGUGUGUUCUACAAUGGCGGAAACAAUCAGCAGAGCUCUCCGUGACGGAGCAUUCGAAGGAGAACACGCUCCCGCUCUUAGUAUAAAGGAUACUAUCCACACGCCUCUCGGUUCCUUCGUCUUCAACCAUAUUCUCACGCAACUCACUUCCAACAUUCUCGCCGGUAAAUCACAGUCUCGAGGUGUUGUGCUGGUUGCUUUAACUCGGCCUCCGUCGUUCUAUGCUGAACUGUUGAAAAAUAAAGGUUUCGACAUUUCCUUAUCAAGUAAAUGGCUAAGAGUUUUAGAUUGCUAUUCGGAUCCUCUUGGAUGGAAAAACAAGUUGAUGGAGAGAGGAACUGUAAGAAAUCCGUACGAAGAGACCUUACUUAAAACUAGUUUAUGUAAAAACUUGAAAGAAUUGGACAAGGUUUUGUCUUCGAUUGUUGAACUUGGAAAAGAAAUUGUUGAAGAGGGAAAAGGGAGAUUUGCAGUUGCAAUAGACUCGGUAAGUGAGAUCUUGAGACAUUCAUCUCUACCUUCUGUUGCAAGAAUCUUAAGUCAUCUUCGCAGUCACGACCAGGUCUCAUGCAUAUUUUGCUUGUUGCAUGUGGACCUUCAUGAGGCCAAGGUGGCUGCCACUCUUGAAUAUUUAUCCACUAUGCAUGCGGAUGUGGAACCAAUAGUUCAAAGAACAAACGGACAGAGAAGCGCCUCAGAGGACCUCCCGAUGGUGGAACAAUGCUUUAAAAGAGGGAAAUUUCAUGUACGCUUUAAACGCAGAAAUGGACGUGUCAGAGUGAUGAGGGAAGAGCUUUAUGUUGAGGGAUCAAGCAUCAAAUUUAAAGAAAUUUCAUCUGAAGAUGGAAUGACUGCUCAAAGUCUUGUUCCAAAGGUUCAAUUCAAUUUAGAGCUGUCAGAGAAGGAGAGACUAGACCGGGCGAAAGUCGUACUCCCAUUUGAGCACCAAGGAACUGGUAGACCCAUUCAAAUCUAUGAUGGUCGCAAAUCGCUUAAUGAAAGCGAAAUUGAGCAGCAACAAGCAUCAGUUGAGAAACCACAAACAACUGAGGAUUCUGGCAGGGGUGAAAUAAUAUAUUUUCGGGAUUCAGAUGAUGAGAUGCCAGAUUCAGAUGAGGACCCCGACGAUGAUUUGGACAUAUGAUAAUGCAUAUUACCACUUGUAAACAUCAGGACACCAGAUUUAUAGGAUGAAGCUUCUAACGACCAACUUACAAUCUAAAUUAUGUCAAAAGGUCAGGCUGCCAUUACCAAAUCCAUGCCCAAAUCUUUUGCUGGUAGGAUACAUGUACAAUGGAACAUCCUUGACCUUACUAGAAUUGUAGGUUGACUGGCAUGCCUGGUAAGUAGUCGGUUUAGUUGGUACGCUGCAAGUAAUUUAAGCGCAGGUUAUCACCAAGUAGUGUUUACCGUGUUUGCAUGUUGCCUUUGACUACUCGUAGGUAUAAGGGGUUGGAUUUUACUGAACCGGUUAACCAGUUGGGAUUAGUACAGGGUAAUUUUGCUCAUAUCUGUGAUUGUGCAACAGUGUUGCAACUUUUACUAAACGUAGUAGUUUAGUUUGCUACAUGUGUUAUCUGAAGUUUGGCUGUGUGCAUUCAA